GGCAAAGACUGAGAUUGUAUUCAGCUAAUAGUUUGUAUAUGUCUUGAGGGGGUUUGCCAGAAGGCUUAACUUAUAUUAACUCAUAAUUUUUUUGCUCCUCCCUGUGGGUAAUGCUUGCACUAAUUUUUUAGAGUUCUGCUGAAUUAAACAGAAAGGGAAGGAGAACAUUUUUGUCACUAGGUGGAAUACUUUGUUCUUACUUGGAACUCAACAUGUAUGAACUCUCCAAGUCUAGGGAAGAUGAAGGAAGAAGGAAGUGGUAUAUCCCCACCCACAAUAUCAUUGGGGCAGCUGCAGGUGUGGAUACAUCCCCCCAUUGCCAGGACCACCUACAUCUGUUUUCAAAUGGACACACUGCAGGACCUGGCAUUCCAACCCAAGGGUAUUCACAUAAGGAGAUACUUAUGGAGCUGCAAAGACAUUCCAAGUCUAUAGGAGAUCCCCAUAGACCACCAGAAACCUUGGAACAUCCCUGUCUUCAAGAGCCUGCAAGCGACGUGGGACAGCACAUCAAACUGGAGCUGGGGGAUGAGGGAAGGGAUGUCCAAACAUCACCUCCUAAACUCUCUCGCCCACCAGUGCCUUCCCCUGGUGGUGCCCUCCUUCAGGGUUUGAAUGGGCUGCCAGGAGCUGGUAGACGGGGACAUGUUCCUGGAGGGGCAGGAGGCACAGAACAAGGAGAACCCUCUCGAUUGGGGCGCUACUUGUUGAUUGACAGUCAGGGGCUGCCAUACACUGUGCUGGUGGAAGAGGGGGUGGGGACGGCGGGGGACACUGAAGGUGGUGGGAGUGGAGGGUCCUUGCGCAAGGUGUACAGCUGCCCUGUGUGCUCACGGACAUUUGAGUACCUGUCUUACCUGCAGCGCCACAGCAUCACCCACUCUGAAAGCAAGCCUCACAUCUGUCGAGCGUGCGGCAAAGCCUUCAAGCGCACAUCCCACUUGGAGCGCCACAAGUAUACCCACUCGGGCCGGAAGCCCCAUCAGUGCCCCAUCUGUCAGCGUAGUUUCCGUGACUCUGGGGAGCUCUCGCAUCACCAGCGAGUACACACAGGCGAGCGGCCCUACCAGUGUGAAGCAUGCCACAUGCGCUUCGGUGAGCGCAACACCCUCCAGAGGCACAUCCGCCGGAAGCACCGCCUGCAGCUCCUCCCCACGCCUUAGAGACGGCCUUUCUGAGACUUUUAAGUUGUGCCACAGGGAAUUGGCAUGAAGACCUCACUGCCUACCCAGGCCUUAGAAAUUUGCCAUCCAGGCACAGCUAACAUCCACCCAUGCUAUGGUAACCCUGGCCUGCAAAUAUCUGCCCAUAUCUUAUGACCUGAUACUUCUCAGUCAGUCCAAUGACUAGCUGUUCCAUGGAAAAAUUUGGAAUGGAGAACCUCACGCACCUAUGCCACAAACUCUCCGGCAUGCGAAAGCCAGCUUGCAAAGUCUUAUCUUGGACCCUUCCUGCCUUCUCAUGCCACAAGGACUUGGUAUGGGCACAUUGGUCUGCCACCUUUUAUAGAACCUUGUCUAUCAUGUCUGUUUGUGCUCCUUAUAACCAGGCAGGGAGAUUCUUUGCCUCCUGCUUUGUCUCCACCCUAGUUACCACUACCCCUGUAGGUCACACACAUUUAGCAUGGAUACACUGGCCGAACUCGGCAAUCCAGACCAUAGCCUGCUAGCAUCUAAUUCUGUCACAAUGUCUUGGGGAAGAGUCCUUGUCUCACAUCAGGGAUAUGUGGCAGGAAGAAUCCAGCAGAUACUGCCUAUACCCUGCACUUAUGGCACAGACACUGUCUCCUCUCUGUAUGCCUGAAGGAUAUGCUACCAUGCAGAAUGACAAUGCAUGCCUGUUAAUAACCUCCCACUCAUUUGUAGACUUGGCCUUGAAAUCUACCAGGAGUUAGCUCUUUCAUUUACACAUUAUGACCCACAGAAUCAGCAUGAAGAUCUCGACCUCUCAGAAAAACUAGGGCAUACCCAUUUUUGGAAGGUUGGCUUUACAUAUAAUGCAAAAGUUGGCUCCAGUUGGGAGCAGAGGAACCAGAUAGGGACAGCCAUGAAAAUAUGUCUCCUCCCUGUACAAUAAAUGUACAGGGUUUCAAGCUGAAUUUAGCAAGAGGUUCAAAUCAAUUUUGGCAAAUUUUGAUUCUUUUUUUUUAGUCCCUUGCAAGUGUCUCAUAGGUUGCAGCUAAGUGGCUGCCUGGCAUACAACAGAGCCUCUGGAUUUGAAUCUUGACAUUCCAUCUCAAGAACACUUGUGCCGGAAUUUCUGCCUCUGCUUCUCCUUUAACAAAGAGCCUUUUGAAUGAGUGGUAGUAGGAGGCUAGAAAAGGCUGGGUGGGACAUCAGCUGAACUCCAUAGCACAAGGAGAAAAAGUCACUUUAAUUCUUUAAGGCAGUGCUCAAAUUACACAGGAGCCAGAGUGGACCUGGUCCCCCUACCUUUUGCAACACCCCCUUGGCUACUACUUUUUGAAGGUUACAGGGGACCAUGAUUUGGCUAAAAUUGAAAGGAGACAGGUUGGGGUUUUUAGAUUUCAUUAAAGCUCUGCCUAACUUUCCAGUAAUUCAAGCACUGCUUUAAUUGAUUCAGAUUCAAUUUUUUAAAAAGUGAGGAGUGGGGGUGCUGAAGGAUGAAGUAUGAGAUAUUCCUCCACUUGCCAGCCUUAACAGUUUUGUAUUUCUAAACCUCCAGACUUCCAGAGAAUCUGCUGGUGAUUCUGCAUUCCUUCCAAAAGAUGCUGCUACUGCUAGUGUAGUCGCCAGGACCCAUCUAUUCUGGUCAAACCUUGUUUCCUUCUAAUUAGAGCCAUUUCAGCCAGUUUCCCAAACAGCUGCAGGCUAAGGUCUAUAUACUUACGGGGGUGGUGGCGGUUAAAACCUCAGUUUUGCAGCAUAAGAAAACUUUGGGUUUCAUCCCAAACAUUCAGCCUGUGGGGUGUAUGUGAUAAGACUGCUAUGGUUUCCUACAAUAAUUAACAAACAUAGAAUCUCUGUUUGACAGAGCAGGGAACAUGCAGAAGACAUCAAUAUAUAGGCAUGUGUUCCAAGGUGCCGGCUAGACUGGUACAUCCAAAGCUUGCCAGGGAGAUCCCUGGAUCGUGUUUCCUCUACUUCAUAUUUAGUGUGGAAUUUUUGAACUGUGUGUCUUCUUUUUAUUAUUAAAAAUAAUCCUCUGGGGUUUUGGUUCAUCUUUGUGUGCUAAACAAAUAAAAUGAUGCCGUGUUAGUUCCAUCUUGUAGAUCCAUUGACAGGAAGUGAGCCCUUUGUUGGGAUUGAGAAGAAUGCCUUUUAGGUAUAAGACUUCUAAAAAUGCAAAAGGGCUUUUCUCAAGAUGUGGGAGUGAUUGCCUUGACCAUAGAGAGGAGGGGACGGGGGCUGUAGCUGAGCGGUAGAGCAUGUGCUUUGCAUGCAAAAAGUCCCAGGUUCAGUCCCCAAUUGCAUCGCCAGGUAGGGCCUGGGAAAACUCCUGUCUUAGAGAGCUGCUGCCAGGCAGUGUGGAUUGAACAACAAUGAGAAGGACCAAAGCUCUUGCCUGGAAUAAGGUGGAUUCCUAUAAGAAGGUUUGGGAUAUACACUGAACUCAUCAUCUUAUGAACCAAAAUUUUAAAAAACCAAAUAUAUGUCAAGGAUCUGCUAGCUGAGUACUCAAAAUAUGCAAAUCAAUAAAAUGUAUGUAUGUAUGUACAGUGCUUGUUGUACAUAAGCUUUCUCAGUCACAUGCUUUAUUCUGACCCCAACAUAUGU